CCACUCCGCCCCCUCCUCCACCUCCUCAUUCCUGCUGACUCCCUGCUCGCUGUCCUCUCUCGCCUCGUCGUCUUACCCCUGUCUGGAUGCCAGUAGCUGCUAGUCAUGGAGGAUGCAACAGUCACACACGAUGCAGAACCGUUAGUAAACAUACCUUUAACAUCAGCAUUACAAGACGAAGAAGGGGAAAAGGUGGGGGUGUUCACCGCACCUUCAACAUCUGUAUUACAAGAGGAAGAAGGGGAAAAGGUGGGGGUGUUCACCGCACCUUCAACAUCUGUAUUACAAGAGGAAGAAGGGGAAAAGGUGGGGGUGUUCACUGCACCUUCAACAUCUGUAUUACAAGAGGAAGAAGGGGAAGAAGUGGGGGUGCUCACCACAGACUCAGCAAUAGCAUUUCAAGAGAAGGAAGUGGGGCGGGUCACCACAGGAAGUGAAGAUAAUUGGGGGUCAAACAAAGCCCCUGCUGCGUUGGAACCAGUAGUGACGCAGCCCGGCCUUGGCAUCACCAAAACCACCAUCACCACCAUCACUCAGACUGGAGGGGACUGGAGCACUGGCCUGCUUGAUGUCUGCAGAGACAAGACAACAUGUAUUCUCGGGGCUCUCGUGCCGUGCUGUUUAGACCUGAGUUUAGCUCACCAAUACGGGGAGUGUCUGUGCAUGCCUCUACUACCAGGAUCCACUUUUGCCAUUCGAGUUGGGAUCAGAGAGCGCUACAAGAUACGGGGAAGUGUGUGUGAGGACUGGACUACAGUGUAUUGCUGUUACCCUCUGGCUGUAUGUCAGAUGAUAAGAGAAAUGAAGUGGAGGAUGAAGACUCAGACAUAUCAUGUGUCUACUACACUCGAAUGCUCCUAAAGAAACAGCAAAUGAGAUCUUUUUUUUUCUUCUUUUUUUCAAUUUAUCAUAAAUGUGUGAAGAGCAGCAGAGAUUACUGGUAUGAACAAUAGGAUGAAUCAUUACUCUGAGGUUUGAACUUGCCCCUGAGGGCUUCUUGAAUAAUAAAAAACAAGCCUGUGAUACAAAUUCUUAAAAGUGAUAGAAAAGGGAAAACUUAAAGUAAUGGCAUACACUGUGUUAAAGGUACAUCUGUAAGACGUGAACCAACACAGAUGAGUUUCUUGCCUUUGUUCAAUUGCAGAUAUUUUUAAAUGUAGUUAGUUCAAAGAUCGUUAAAAGCCAUUAAAUCUGGAUUAAUGCAUAUAGAAUAAUGCAGAGCAGUUUUUUUAUGAAGGUAUUGAUCCGAUUAAUUAUAUUUGAAAGAUCAGCUUAACCAACUUUUUACUGCAGCAUUAAAUUCCGGCACUUAUAAUUCUUAAAUCAUCUAUAAUUUUGGUUUUAGAAACAGCCUGGGUUAACUUCUGUGACUGAGGUAACUGCGCGCCAUUUUACAUAAUGAAAAUUUAGAAAGACUCAAGUAAGUUUAGCUUUUUACAAUGCCUGUUACCUACACCACUGAAGCCGCUAUCACACAGACACUUUUAACACAUCAAUAACUAGAACACACACAGAAACAAGAUGAGCUCCUUACAGUUAAAAAAAAGGAUGUGUGAUUGCAUUAGGAAUUUGUACUUAAUAUUGGGAAACUUUAAUAAUGGAGAACAACAAAACACAUCAAAACAAACUAAAACACACAUUCAUUAAAAAAAAAAAAACUAAAUAUAUUCUUUCUGUUUUCGUAAUCUCUUGUCAAAAUAUGCAGUUUUACUUUUUAAUUUUUUUUAUAUAUGUAAGGGAAUUUUACUGUUUACUGGUGUUGGUGCUAAGUACCAGCCCUGCACAGGUUGGCACAUAACAGGCUGAUUUUUUAUUUUUUUUUUUGAUAAUGUAAUGUUUCCUCAUGCGGCCAUUCUGUUAGUGCAUAAUCAUGCCUGUCUAAACUGAAAGAUGAUUUUAUCCAAGAUUAAUAUAAUGUUUGUAAUCAAUACAUUCAUUGACUAUAGUAAUAUAUUCUUACAUGUAACCAGUCUAGACUUUUAAACAUUGUUCCAGUGGUUGUUCUACUCACAACAAAGCUUAACACUGUCUGCUAUGUUUUGUACCUUUUGCAAUUUCUUGAUGUUUUAAACCUUAUUGCUGGGCAAUAAUGAGAUGAAAGCACAGACUCCAUAUAAAAGAUAUGUUUGAACAUGAAGUCACCCCCUGGUGAGUGCAGAAAAAUUG